GAGAGAAGCUGUCAGAGAGCGAACUAAAACCACGGAAAGGAAAGGGCACAGGGCAACAUUUAACAGCUGCCAGGGACAGCAGAGAUACAACGGCAUGCAGUGACAGGUGGGGAAGAGCAAUUCCAAAUGGACCCAAGGCUGUGGGACUAAUACACAGCAGCCGCCUGAGAAAUCACUCUCUGUUAUGGGCCUGCUCUGUGCCUCAGUUUCCCCAGCAAUAAAAUUGGGAUAAUCAAUGAGACAGACUCUCUUUCACCAAGGGCUCUGGGAUGGAUACAUGAAAAGUAUCCGGAAGGGCUAGGACCCUGCCAUGCAGUGCCCAAGAUGUCUGCCCCAGGUUGGGACCAGCUGGAGCAGGAUCCAGGGACCCAAGCUGGGAGGCCCAGCGAUUAUGCGCAUGCUGCUGUCACCCAGCUCUGCACCAGGUGCCAGGAGCAUCUUCAUCUUUGGGAGGAUGCUUCACCCAGCUGGCAGGCUGUGCUCCAAAACGUCCCUUCUCAGUUCCUUGUCCCUGCUUUGCAGGAGCUUUGCUCGCUACCAAGGAGGAUUUCAGGAGAGUGCGUCUCAGCCGAGCUCCACCCGGCCUGGCCAGAUGACCCUGAGGAAUGUGGCCUCUUCCGAUGCCAUCCAGAAGCACCGGAAGAGCCUGUCUGUCUGGUUCAGCCACCAGCCCAAUGAGGAGAGGCAGUUUGGCCCGUCCUUUUCACUGGACACCAUCCACGUGGACCCGGUCAUCAGGGAGAGCUCCCUGGAGGAGAUCUUGAAGCCCUCCCCUGACCUGACCAUCCUGAACCAGCUCCAGUCCCCUUGCAGCCAGACCAUCAGCCUCCAGAACCUGUUCGACGCGGAUGCCUGUGGGCAGCAGGUGAAGAACGUGGUGCUGUAUGGCACGGUAGGCACAGGGAAAAGUACCCUCAUCAAAAAGAUGGUGGUGGACUGGUGCCACGGGCGCCUGCCCCGCUUCGAGUUGGUCAUCCCCUUCUCCUGUGAGGACUUGUCACAGAGCAACGUGCCUAUCUCGCUACGACGCCUCAUCACCAAAAAGUACCUGCACCUCAAGAACGUGGUGCCACUGCUGGGCUCCACCAACCUCAAGAUGCUCAUCAUCCUCAACGGCAUGGAGCGGCUCAACUUGGACUUCCGGCUGUCUGGCACCGAGCUGUGCUGCGACCCCAGUGAGGCCGUGCCUCCCUCUGCCAUUGUGGUCAACCUGCUGAGGAAGUACCUGCUGCCAGAGGCCAGCAUCAUUGUCACCACGCGCCCGUCCGCCGUGCGCCGGAUCCCCAGCAAGUACGUGGGCCGCUAUGCCGAGAUCUGCGGCUUCUCCAACACCAACCUCCAGAAGCAGUAUUUCCAGAUGCGCCUGAGCCAGCCCGGCUGCGACGGCAGCGGGAGCAGCAGCAACUCAGAUGAGCGGGACAAUCUGGUGGAGAUGCUCUCGAGGAAUCUGGAGCGCCACAACCAGAUCGCGGCUGCUUGCUUCCUGCCCUCUUACUGCUGGCUGGUCUGCACCACCCUGCACUUCCUCUACUUCACCAAGUCGGUGCCUCCCAGCCAGACCCUGACGGGCAUCUACACCAGCUUCCUGCGGCUCAACUUCAGCGGGGAGAUCCUGGACAGCACCGACACCACCAAAGUCUCCAUGAUGAAAUACGUGGCCAAGACGGUGGGCAAACUGGCCCACGAGGGGGUGAUGUCCCGCCAGACCAGUUUCUCGGAUGAAGACCUGCAGAAGUGCUUUGAGGUGGAGAUGAAGACAGAGGGUGAGCUUAACCUCCUCAACGUCUUCCGCACUGACGUCUUCCGCUUCUUUCUCACGCCCUGCGUCCAGACGGGCAAGGAGCACACCUUCGUCUUCACCAUCCCUGCCAUGCAGGAGUACCUGGCAGCCCUCUAUGUGGUGCUGGGCGAGAAGAAGACCCUGAUGCAGCGGGUGGGGAAAGAGGUGUCCGAGGUCAUCAGCAAGGUAAGCGAGGAUGUGACUCUGGUGCUGAGCGUCGUCUCCAAAGUCCUGCCCCUGCGCAUCCUGCCGCUGCUCUUUGGCCUACUCAAGAUGUUCCCCCGCUUUUUCAACCGGCUCAGUGGCAAGGAUCGCGACACCAUCGCCCGCACCAUGGCGGUGGAGAUGUUCAAGGAGGAGGACUACUUCAAUGACGAUGUGCUAGACCAGAUAAACUCCAGUAUUUUGGGGGUGGAGGGCCCCCUGCACCACCCUGACGAGGCCCCGGAUGAUGAAGUCUUUGAGCUCUUCCCUAUCUUCAUGGGUGGGCUCCUGUCGCACCGCAAUCGGGCCCUCCUGGAGCAGCUUGGCUGCUCCAUCAAGAACCUGGCAGCCUUUGAGAUUGCCAAUGCUAUGAAGAAGACCAUGAUCAGGAACAGCCGCAAGUGGCUGCCCCCGUCUGAGCUGAUGGACUACUUCGUCUUCCUGCAUGAAUUCCAGAGUGAGCGCUUCACGGCUGAGGCAAUCCGCUCCCUCAGGGCGAUCAACCUCUCCUCCAUCAAGAUGACCCCACUCAAGUGCUCCAUCCUGGCAUCUGUCAUGGGCACCACCAGCCAUGAGGUGGAGGAGCUUAACCUGAGCUCGUGCCAUCUUGAUGUUAGCAGCCUGCAAACUCUUUUCCCUGUCCUGCUGCGAUGCCGAAAGCUCCAUUUGCAGCUCAACAGCUUGGGCCCUGAAGCCUGCAGGGAGAUCCGGGACCUGCUGCUGCAUGACAAAUGUGUGGUGAGCACCCUGCGGCUCUCGGACAACCCCGUGACAGAGCAGGGGGCCAUGUACUUGGCUGAGGCCAUCGCAGGUAACCGCUCCCUGACACACCUGUCCUUGCUGCACACCUCCUUGGGGAACCAAGGUUUGGAAGUGAUCACUCAGCACCUGGCCCAGAACCAGCACCUGAAGGAGCUCGACGUGGGCUACAAUUCGGUGACGGACGAGGCAGCCCUAGGGCUGGUGGAGGUGGCUAAGAGGCAUGCGACACUGAAGGAAGUGCACCUGUAUUUCAAUGACAUCAGUGAUGAAGGCAAGCGAGCACUGCAUGCACUGCGCAGGGACCGCGACGGCGUCCAGGUGCUGGUGUUCCUUACAGUGGGCACUGACGUCUCCGACUACUGGGCCUUCAUCCUGAGCGUAGUGAAGAAGAACCUGCCCAACUGGGACCGCGAGCGGGUCCAGCAGCACCUCAGCCUGCUGCUGCAGGACCUGGAGUGCAGCAGCCGGCAGACCAGCAACCCCUGGAAGAAAGCCAAGUUCCUGCGGGUGGAGAACGAGGUCAAGAAGAUGCUGGUUAAAAUCCAGCAGGGAACCCUCUAACACAGCCCCCCCUCACCUCUCCCCAUGGGUCUGCACCAGCAGGAUGGGAGAAUGCAAUGGACAUAAGGGCUUAACAGGGUCUGAGGGAGUCACUCUGUUAACCAUUUCCUCCACCGCCACUCCAAGAGCAGGGCUCGCUUGUGUGGCUGGGGACACCAGGGAAAUGAAGCUGAAGAGUCUCUGCUGGGAGCAGAGAGUUACUUGCAGCAUUACAGAGUGUGAGGGUCUGGGCGGGAGAAGCCCCAGUGCCGGGACAGCAGGAGGCACUGUUUUAGGCCUAGAGGGAGGUGUGUUGGCCAUGCUGGGCAGUAGAAAAGGAGGAGGUGGGGUCUGGUCAGAGCAGCUGGGCAGAGUGGGACGGGGAAGCUUGCACAGCACUGUUCCUGGCUUUAGAUGGCACCAUCGCUCCCUCACUUGUAUCCCAUCUUCACAGCCACAGCCACAGCCACACGUACCUCAGGGACACGCCCAGUUCACUGGGCUAUUUCCCAAGCAGCUCCUGGCCUCCCUUCCUGGAGUGCACUGAGGCCAUGAACGCUGCACUCUCAUCUGCUGUCUGAGCCAUGCCCAAGUAGAACUGCAGCGAAAGCAUCGGCAAGAGCCUGGAGCCACCUGGGGAAAAAGCCACGGGGCAUUGCCCCUUGGGAGCUGCCCCGUGCCUCCGCCUGGGAACCAUCUGCCAUUCCCAGACAGCAAGCGGCCAUUGCCAAGGCUGGUGAGACCCCGGCUCUGUUCCAAGGGAGAGGGGAUGGCAGCCUGAACACCACAAGGCCUGAGAAUGGUGCAGCCAUUGGUCAUGUCAAGAACAGGACAGGGUUGCUUGGUAGCAAUGGAGGCAAGACUCUUAAGGGCACCAGAGGAGGCUGAGAGCCAGUGAUCAAUCAAGGACCUGAGUCUCCUGGACCUUGUGGAGCCAUUUCUUCUAGGGCUCAGUGGCUGCCGACUGCUCCCAUUCUGAUCUGGGAGCAUUUGACACCCACCGUGCGCUGGUGUGAAUGACGGUGCUGGGGAAUCGGGGGCCCUGGGAGUCCAUCCUGGGAGGGAGGGUUGUGUGGAUUGGGACAGCGUGAGGCCCAACGUUGUGGGGAGCGACUGAAGGGCGGAGCAGCUCUGGGGGUUGUUCCCAAUAUUGGAUGCUGUUGUGCAGUUCUAUGUAUCAUUGAAACUAAACCACUUUUCUUUCUACAAACGUGAGAUGUUACCAAACUGGUCUGUUCUUCU